UCGGAGGGUGCUCUUAAGGACAAACACAGAAGCUUAGGUUCAGUAACGCUAAUUUAGUCAUCAUGGAGUCACUUGGUUUGGCUGUUUUAUCAUGUAGUUUGCGAUUAUUGUUGUAUUCCGGGUCUAUUUCUUGCAAUGCUGCAGGAAAGACGCAGGAUAACGCGUCGUUAGAUGCAAGAGAUACGGAGGCCAGUUGGGGUGCGAGCGAGGCGCGUGGUCGCCUCAAUCGCUACGGACGGACAUAUGUUUCAAAAGUUCACGAUUUCGUUAUUAGGGACUGGGACGAUUUAACAAGGAAGGAGACACUUGCGCUGAAGGAUAUUGCAUCAAAGCACGACGAGGCCCUGCAGUGGGAGGAGCACCGAAAUGGGAACUGCGUCAAUACAGCGAAAAGACGGGUUCAACGCGAUGUUGACGGCGACCAGCUGCGGCAGCGCAGAUACGUCUACACGCGGCAUGAGACGGCGAAGUUUGGUACGGCCGUAUAUUUUCCCGGGGACUCGGCCCUGGUGCUGAAGGCCCCCACCCCUCCUGUAGGUGCGGGGACUCCACAAAAGGUCAUACCACGAAGUACCUUUACCUUUGAGGUGUGGUUGAAGCCUGAAGGAGGACAGAUCGUUGGCGUGCCAAUAGUCACCCUCCAUGACGACUGCGGCAAAUCCUCCCUGACACGGGACAGAGGCUGGGCGCUUGGCAUAGGUAUCCCAGAAUCAGAUGAAAACCAAGAGCAGGGAGCCCGCUUUUACUUCUCCUUACGUACCGAGAGGUCUCGCGAGAAGACGAGAAUCUGGUCACAUGUGUUGUACAAACCGGCAAAAUGGGUGCACGUGGCUGUGCUGUACGAUGGACGCCGGUUACAGCUAUAUAUCAACAGCGCCAAGGUUGCUACGGGGCAUAGCCAGCGCGGGGACAUCUUUAGCGAGUCCAGGCGAAGCUGCAUCCGAGUAACUCUAGGCGGGAACGUCACUUCUGGGGCCUACUUCCGGGGCGCCAUGGAUGAGCUCAGGUUCUGGGACUUUCCCGUGAAGCAUCGAGAAAUUGUCAGUAGCAUGUACCACACUAUCCUGCGAGAUACCGGCAUCAACGGUCUAUUCCUCAGAGACAAUUUCGACAAUAUGAACCACUGGGACUUGUCUGGAACAACAGCUCCGGCCAUUGUUGCGUCUGAUAUUCCUUUUCAACCAAACGAUAUGACACUAGUGGCGCCUCCAUGCGGUGAGACUGUCUGCGACGAUCCUGACGUCACUCGUAGUUACACCAAUAAUUGGGAAAUGAGACGACCAAAAACAAUCAGGUAUCGACUAAUCAACGUCAUGAACUCCGAUGGUUCGCACCCGACCGUCAGCUCAGACCAGAUCGACACACAACACCGGGCACUGAACAGGGCCUUCAGACCCUUCAAUAUCACCUUCGACUUGACCGAGAUGUCCAUUCGAAACACAUCGUUGAGACAAAGGACGAUACUCUUUGGCUGCGAUCCAGAUAAGGUGGGCAAUGACGCCUGUAAUCCGGCCUGCCGCCAUCCACGGACAGGCGAAGACGGCGGAGACUGUGACAUUACAAUGACCCCGUGCGAUCCCUCUAAAUUCCAAAAUGGCCACUGUGACCCAGAUUGUAACAAGAAGUACCACGGCUGGGACGGAGGUGACUGCUGCCAGCCGAAUGACCCGGAUGUUUACCAGCAGUGCUUUGACCCUUCGUCUAACCUUAGGGGCUAUCUCAGCAUUGAUGAAUACAAGACGUUGCUGAAUGUAGACAGCGUCGGUCACCUGAAUGUUUUCUUUGCUGACUGGACAAUGGAGGAAUUACAGGGGGUGGCCACCUUCCCCUGGGAGAAGACAGUCCAUGGGAUACUUGGCGGAACCGUGGUCCAACCUGAAAUGUUCGGGAUUCCGGGCAAAACAGAUAGUCUGGUGCACGAGUUUGGCCACAAUCUCGGGCUAUGGCACGUCCACCACGGCAUCUCAGAAAUGACGUGCAGUGACCCAUGCCUGGAGAGCCGUCCUUCAUUGGAGCUCGGGGACCUUUGCGAGGACACCGGGCCAACCCCACAGAACGGGCUGUGCAAAGAUCCGGGACCCGUGGCCACUGACGUGUGCGGAGUAAGCGUAUUUGACAACACCCCGUAUAAGAACUAUAUGGGAUACACGAGUGACGCCUGCACCGACAGAUUUAGCCCGAACCAAGUUGCGCGGAUGCAUUGUUACCUUGACCUUUCAUAUCAAUCAUGGCGCCAGGCCAAGUCCCCCUCACCGCCGCCCUUGGCUCCCAAGGUCAUCUCGACAUCCGCGCACUCACUGACCCUGGCCUGGAUACCGCCUUUAGGAAACGGCGCCUCGGGAAUGGACGAUGUGUGUGCUCUGUGCCAGGAAGACAAGUCAUUGGUGCAGUUUGCAGCAUCGGCUUCUUCGCCGAAUCCUUCGAAACAUGUCACAUCUUGGGCACCACACCAAGCAACAGGCGCCCCAGAUGCCGAGGUUAUGUGUGAGGCAAGCACGAGGACGUGGCUCCCGAAUGUCAGAUACUGUAACAAUGACUGCUACAUCGUGUUGGGAUUUCAACAUGCUGUGGUGCCAAGCAGCAUCACGAUCUGGGUGAGUUGGGGAACCUCCGAUGGCAUAGAGGACGUGGAACUAGUGUUCACGGACGGGACGGAGCUGAAGCUGGGGCCAAUAACAGCAUUUUGCGACAUGCCGUAUACCCGGCGACUAAUGGUAGCAAAACCAGUGGAAAAGGUGCGCAUUUUCAUCAAGACGCCUUAUGUCGCUAUCGAUGCCGUCCAACUGACCUCGACACCGGAUCACGCCAUGUGCGCUACCUGCCGAAAGCUGAAGUACCGAGUGACGAGAGCGCCGCCAUUUUCAGGGAUUCACGUGAUCACGGAGUCGCCACAAAUUUUAGACAAUGACGUCAGCGAGGGAUCAUCAUACACGUAUCACGUGCAAGCCGUUCUGGGAACGAAGAUGAGUGACCCAUCUCCUGUUCUGAGCGUGGUACACGGUCAGCCAUAUUGUGGGAAUGGCAUCGUGGAGAGUACACUUGGUGAGGCGUGCGACGAUGGUAACGCCCUCAACGGCGAUGGCUGUACCCUGGAGUGCAAAGUGGAAUCAUUCUUCCACUGCAGUGGUGAACCAAGCCUCUGCUACCUCCACGACGGUGAUGGUAUAUGCGAGAACUUCGAGCGUCGCUACAGCAUCCAUGACUGCGGCUUCUUCACACCGGAAGGAUUUACUGACCAAUGGGCGACUGGCGCCAUCGCAAAUCCGGAGUUCCAGUCACCUGAGUGCCCAGAGAGCGUCGUGAUUGGACAGCCACACUUGAUGCAAGAAUGUAAACCAUCCAUAGACCCGAAAAGAGCAUGGUCUCCCUGCGGACAUUAUCACCAAGACGACAACUUCUGGCUGAAGGCUACGUUCCGCAAGGCGGCCAUAGCAGUUGCCGUUAUCAUCCACCUGGCCGCGGACGGGACGAGCCAGUUCAACCCAAUCCCGACCACCCUUUCCGUAGAACUGAUAGAUGAUAUCGGGAAGUCCCACCAGAUCGGCGCCAAGGAUGUUCGACUGCACUGCAAAGACAACCCCAUCAUGGUCAAUGUCCUCCAGGAUCUGAGCAAGCCGUUCUUCCGUGCGAAAGGUGUACUGAUACGAUUUCGAUCCUUCCAUAUCGCCAUUUCGGGCGUGGCACUCCGGUCGUAUAAAUAUCUCGAUCCAAUCACCAUCAAAGGAUGCCAAGACAACGAACUCUUCAAUCCGCAAACCGGAAGUUGUGUCGCUUAUGCCAACUGUAAACGACCACUUUGUGGCUUGUAUGCCGUAAAGCAUGGCGAGGCAAGGUGCACCGGACAAGAGGAUGGCGACGUCUGCACGAUAAGUUGCGACCAAGGUUUCAUCCUCGAUCCCAUCAAUCAAAACGAAGUCGUCUGCGACAAUGGCGCAUGGGCGGGCCCUGGCAUCAUCUGUCGACCAAUCAACUGUGGCCAGCCGGACAUUUUGUACGCAAGUGCAAUCUGCCCCGACGGAACCACGUAUGGAAAACAAUGCACCUUUAGAUGCAACCAACCUGCCACAAUGAGAGGAACUGGUAACAUAAUCCGCUGCGAUGCAGACGGCUUGUGGUCAUUGGCAGAUGCGACAUGUCACGUGAUGUGUGUUGUGCCACCAUUGCUGCCGAAUGCUGCUCUGGUAACGAGGUACUGUCGCGAUGGUAAUCAGGAGGUCGGGACGAGAUGCAAGUUCAAAUGUAACAUCGGUUAUCACAUUCUUGGAGAAUCAGCAAGAAGGAAAGUUGGUCGAGUCCACUGUAAUGAAGCUGGAAGCUGGGAUGGCCCACCUUGCACAAAGAUUACCUGCCCCUCGCAGGAUACGCUCUACAAGGGCCUCUACAACUGUACCGACGCUUUCUACCCAGGGAGCAUUUGCACUCUACUCUGCCCUGGAAUAGACCAGACAACAUCGCAGAUCACGUGUCUUGGCACUGGCGAAUGGGAUGCCGAAUUUCAGCCAUGUGACUUCACAGGGAUGACCUGUCCGCAACCGACAUCGACGCCACACAUUGUGUUAAGCUGUCCGAGCACUAAUGUUGGAUCUAAAUGCCAAGCAACAUGCGUAGAACCCCACAACGACGUCACCAUGUCGUCGGCCUACGCAACAACGCUGCAGAAUCCGCGGACGAAUCGCAAGAUGGCCGAGACCAUGUGCACCGGGCAGAGAACAUGGACGCCAGAGCCUGGGGCCUUGCACUGCAUUGAGGAGUGCCGGAAGAAUUUUAUUGGUGACGGCUGGUGCGAUGCUAAAAACAAUCGAGAGUACUGUUCGUGGGAUGCGGGCGACUGUUGCAGAUCUACCGUGAGAGGAGGCAUGGUGCAGCCAUUCCCCGCCUCGUGCACAGACGAGUGCCGAUGUAAAGACCCAAAUGCCAUCGAAAACAGGGCAAUGCUGAGGAAGUUUAUACGAACUAAUAGACUAGGGUAGCGGACAUUAUUGGAAUAGUAGCUGGAUAUGGCCAAUGGUCAGACAGACAGCAGGAGGAGCUGGAAUUACAUUCUCAACUGAAUGACGCAUUCCAUGUCAGUCAUCAGUGUGAGCUCAUUUUCAGAUGUAUCGGGUGUGUCUGUCGCGCUUUCGAAACAAGAGCUGUGCGGUUUUCCUGAUUCGACAGUCAGGCAAUGAUCCCAGAACGGCGCAAUGUUGCCCGAACGAGCUAUUUCGCCCUUCGCAACCGCCGAUUCGACUAUCGCCUGGUCUGGGAUUUUGACCAAAUUCUCGCUAACCAGUGUUAUUUCUAAAAAACUUUGCGCAAAAAGCGCAUAACUGCGAUGGCCCGACUGGUUAAGCGCACAUUUGCCUAACUGGUUUAGCAUAAGCAUAAGUACCCAGACGCUCAAAACAUGGCUAGACUCGAUUUGGUCUUAGUCGAGUGUUUAACACAGGGAAACAUAAAAAUGCCUCCGUCAUUGGAAAAAUAUAUCAUUAGCAACUUUUCAAUUUGUAAAUAUUUGUACAUAGUUUUUUGGGCGUUUUGUCUGUAAUUUUUGUCCAUGUCAUGAAGUUUCAUCGUGUCUGUUUUGGCUUAGUAUUCGUGACCUGACUGAAAAAGAGCCUUGUUCUUAAAAAGAUAUUCCGAGUCCCUCCGUCGGUCCUCCGCAAAAAAAGGUUUUUCCUGGGAUCCCUAAAUACGUAUUUCCUAUCAGCUGCGAUGUUUGCUUUCGGAUCUUGAAAUCCGGGUAAGAAAUACGGGGAUGCUGUGGACAAUUCGCAGGUGUGGGUGGAAGGGCUUAAAACUAGGAUAUAUACGUGUAGCAAAUAUAAGCACGAGGUUGUAACCCAUCAAAUUUAAACUUCGACCAUUGUGUCCCCGAAAAGUCCCAGAUCCAAUGCCAGCACGUAAAAUCAGAAGUGAAUGGGGUAUUUACAACAAGGGAGCGUCUUUUCGCCAAGACACGGUCGGGGAGACUGGGAACUCGGGAACAGAAGAUGGUCGCAUUUUACUUACAUAGAUGCGUAAUGGACUUUCGGAAUUUGAUUCUCCGGGGUGAUUGUGUUACCUCAGUGCCUAUCGUUUCCUAACCGUGAUUCAAUAGAUGUGUGGUCUUGUAAUUUUGGAAUAAAAUCGGUUUUCAUAUGAAGUUCUAGAA